AUAUGAUCACCCGACCAAAUAAAAAACCCAAAUUAAGAAAAUCCCUCAUUUCAUCGUCAUCAUCAUGGGUACUAUUUCCACUGCUGAGGAAGGGCUCGUACCUCCGAUCCCAAAGGAAUGGCUAGAUUGUUUAUAUCCGCAACAAUUCACCGAUAUCAACUACUUGGACGCCCCCUUCGCCGGGCCAGCUGUUUCUGACGAUAACUUCUUCGGAGACGACGCUAUGAAUCCAGGCUCCGACGAUAUCGUGUGUACUCCCGGUGGCGGCGCCUCUGAUUCAACCAUGUUUCUCCUUGGCGAUCUUAUGGAGUCCACGGCCACUUCCUCAAGCAACACAACCACCAUGGCGGCAACACCUACGGCGGCGGCGAGUCAUAAUAAUAAUGUGGUGGAUUUGAGCCCGAAGGCUGGCAUAGCAAAACAAGUGAAAAAGAGGUCGAGGGCUUCUCGGCGAACUCCGGCGACGCUACUGAACGCAAGCAUAAAGGAUUUCUCAAAACUUGUGCAGAAGUAUACCGGCUGCCAAAGCUCAAAUAUGGGAUCCUGUAGAAACGGAAAAGGUCCAAUCACGUUGAGCUUUGGUCCCCCAAGCGGUCACCGGAAUGGUUUUCCGGUAUCGUUGGGUAGCUCUUAUUACUCUAAUCAGCAUCAAGUUGAUCAUCAUUAUAUGUAAGUUAUAUGGAGGGAAAAUAAGGUUAAAUAACAAACUCUUUAUUCGAUUCCUGAUCAAACUGAUCUAUCCAGAUCUACAGUUCACUUUGUUGUACUAUUCAUCUCCUGUCUCAGUCCUUAAACGAGGAUUAAACACGACACGAUCAGUCAUUUGCUUUUGUUUACCAG